AUGUUUUAUUACAUUUUUCUUUACGAUCAAGGACGUCAAAAUAUCCAUGAUGAGUUCAAUAGCUUUCUAAAUAGAAAGUUUGUUUUUAAAGUUCAGAUUUCAAAGUUUAAUCUCCAGAACAAUUAUCUUGCCUACACUGUUCAUAAUAUGAGUGAUGAUGAAGGUGUAGUUGGUGCAGUUUUCAAACGUUCACCUACAUAUGAACAAGACAAUAUUCAUUCUGAUGGUACUCCUAUUAACAAGUAUCUUAAGGAUAAGAGUGUUUCAGUUGAUGGUGACAAUAUUGAUGUUGUUGAUCUUGAUGUAGUCACACCAACAUCUACUUCCGUCAAGAAGCCUAUUAAGAUUGUUACCACCACCGAAUCUUUUGAAUGGUCUUCUUCUAAAGAUGGUGUUGCCGCUCCUAUCUUGAAGAUCCCAAAAAUGGAAAAGUUGGAAUAA